AAAGACAUUCUCACUCACAUUCACAUCUCUACACACACAGACACAGUGACACUCAAGCGGCAAAGCAGAGUAAAACCGAACACUCAAAAAAUAAAGAAAUAAAAUGGCGGUGUCUCACGGUGGAUACGACGCUGAAAUCGGUGGCUCCAAAUCUUAUCUAAUCCCAUCAGUUAAACCAGAGUUAUUCGAUGAUAGUGCAGGUUCAAAUCCUUGUCAAUACGACGACGUUUUAAGCGAAAGAAAAGACUCAGAACUAACCGUAGAAGAAGGUGCUACACCUUCUCACGCUAUUCACAUCAAAGAAGAAGUUGUUGAAGACGACGGUUCUAACAAUUCAUCUUCAAUCAAGUUUCCAAAACCAAUGGAAGGGUUACAUGAUGCUGGUCCACCACCGUUUCUCAAGAAGACUUAUGAAAUGGUGGAGGAUCCGGAAACCGACCCGAUUGUUUCAUGGAGUGCUUCUCGUGAUAGUUUCAUUGUUUGGGACUCUCAUGAAUUCUCCAAAAUCCUUCUUCCAAAGUACUUUAAGCACAAUAAUUUCUCCAGCUUUAUUCGUCAGCUCAACACCUAUGGGUUUAGGAAGGUUGAUUCAGACCGUUGGGAGUUUGCAAAUGAAGGGUUUCAGGGAGGGAAAAAACAUUUGCUGAAGACCAUAAGAAGGAAAAGUAAGUAUAACAAACAACAUCAAGGAGGAUUCAAUUUGAUGAAGCCUCCUGUUGAAUCUGAAGUGGAGAAACUGAAGAAGGAUCAGAACAUGUUAAAAUUGGAAAUUCUGAAGCUAAGGCAGCAACAAGAGAAUUCAAAUAUUCAACUCACAAAUGUUCAAGAGCGAGCUCGGCGUGCGGAAUUGAAGCAAUACCAGAUGAUGUAUUUCCUCACCAAAAUGGCCAAAAGGCCAUUGUUUAUGGAGCAGUUAAUCCAAAAGAUUAAGCGGAAUAGGGAGGUUGAUGGUAACAUUGACAUGGUUAAAAGACCUAAAUUGCUUGGAACACAAGGUACUAGUGUAGACUAUAGAUCUCAGGGUUGUCAACAAUUUGCUACUAUGCAAUCUGAAUUGAAUGGACUUUUUCCUGAAAAUAUGAACACUGGUAAAAUGGAACCACCACCAGUUCCAACUCGAAUGGAAAAUGGAUUGUGUGACUCUUUGCAUGAAUUGAAGGCUUGUGGUGGUUCUAGUUCUAGACAAAAUGUGCAAGAUGUAUCUUCUGCUUAUCAUGUUAUGUCAGAGAACCUAUUAGGUGAAAAUUCUGUUGUUGAUGAAGGAAUGGAUGUGAAUGACUCUAAUAUCUAUCUUGAAUUAGAGGAUUUGAUAACUAAGCCAACAGAUUGGGGUGGGUCUGCAAGUGGAUUGGUGGGACAAACUAGUUAAAUCUGUCAUCAAUGGCAUUGAAUCAAUGAAAACUUUGAUUGAUUCAAUGCCUUCAAAUGGUGAACUUGGGUUGGGCCUUACUUUUGUGUUUUCUUGUUAUCUUUAAUUUUAUAGUUUAGUUUGUUUACAGACCAACUAAAAAGAAGUUGGUAUACUUAGCUAGUUUGUUUGCAUGAGUCUUAUAUUAGCAUGUUUGUAGCUAAACAAACCUCUUAUAAUGUACAGUACUAAUAUAAAGUAAAUAGUGUGUAAGUUGUAAAUGUAAUAAUGUAAUAUAUAAAAAUACUUGUAGUUUUUGUUUUCUGUUAUGUGUUUCUAAUAUUGUUUGUAUAUUCAAUGAGUAGUGG